GGACAGAUGCCUUCAUUCAGUUUUUAUUUCUCGCGCGCACAGAACGCGUAGCUGCAGAUACGGUCCAAGUUCGAACGGCGGCGGCGCGCGCUAAAGUCACAAAUUAAAUGAUUGCAAACCGCAACGUGCUGGCACAAGUGUCAAAGAAACUGAAAUCGUUCAAACAAUAAGCGAGCAUCAAAGAGCGCGCGCGCGUCGGGAAAACCGCACACGUCAAAGCACAAAAGAAUACGAAAUCAAAGAGAUAAUCGCGCGGCGCGACAACUACAACUAAAAAAUACACAACAAACAAAAAAAAAAUCCACACACAAAAGAAUCGCUUCUUUCAUUUGCACUUUACGCAGGCGUUUCGAGGGGUGUAAUAAUACGAAUACAAACAAUAACAGCAACAACAUGAAUCGGAUUCUCUUCUUUGGAAUGUGUGUGGCUUUGGUGGCGGGAUGUUACUGUGCUUCCCUUAAGAAACAAAACAAUACAGCCAGCCAUCGAAAAUACUGCACGGACGAGAAGGACAUCGAAUUUAAAUUGCCAGUGGGGGAGCAGGCGCCCAGCGCCAAGGGCACAUGCAUGUUGGUUAAAUGCGAAGAUGUAGUUAAUGGUGAAUCCAUUUAUACAGCGAUAGGCUGCGGAGUUUUUGUACCAACAGAAGGCUGCAAUGCAACAAAUUACGACUACAGCAAGCGGUACCCCCAUUGCUGCCCAGGUGAAGAAUGCUAAAUGAAAUUAGUUCAUCGAUGGUAAUAAUAAUAAGUACCUAAUCAUUUUUUGUUUUCUAAAAAUCUUAAUGGAGUAUUAAUAAGUGUAGUACGCAUUUUCUCUCUAGAUACACGCACACAUAUUAUUUAUAUUAACAAAGUAAUACGUUUAUUAUAACUAUUUUAUUAUUAUUAUUAAUCUAAGUUUAUACAAACUUUAAAUCGUUAUGGCUAUUCAUUGUAUGAUGACAUGGUUACACUUGUAGUUGUACUUACAAUAUAACCAAUACUCAAUUGUUAUAGAGAAUUGAAAAAUGUAAACGAAAAAAAACAAAAUAUUAUCCAAUAUUAAAUACGUAUAUAAUAAUUAUAUUAAUGUUGUAAUUAAUUUAAUAAUUUCCUGAAUACAAUCACUUAUCAAUACGAGUGCUUGUAGUUUCUGGUUUAAAAUAAUUAAUCAUUGCUUUUAAUUAAUUUUAUAAUUAAAAAAAAAGACAUUUAUCGUUUGUGUAUUAUCAGAGAACUCAAUAAUACUGGUAAUAAAAUUUCCAACACAACAGAUUCGAUAAACAAUAAAUAAUGAAACUGUUUUCAAUUAAAUUAACUGUGAAAAUGAAGUCAAAGUGAAGUUUGCAUAAAACGCAAAUAAUGUUUAAAAUUCAUCUUACCAACCGCAUUUUCGAAGUCGGUGAGCUUGAUUUAAAUUCCAGCCACGUAUAAAAGACCAAUUUACGGUAUUUUAUAUUAACGCACGAUUAAUAGUAAUUUCGCGUAAUUUGUGUGGGAGUAAUUAAUAGGGACUGAAAUUACGCAGCCACUGAUCAGCAUACACAAGUAGCAGAGAUAAUGAAACUAGCUUUUAUCCUUUUAGUAGUAACUAUCACCAUAGUAGUCAAUGCUGCUAAGGAAGAAAUGGGAGUUAUUGAGUUCUGAGUUUACUAAAUGGAUUAACGUGGCUCACAGUUAUAAAUAAGCAAUACCUUGUGAUUUACCGUCAGUCUGGUAUAAACUAUCCCUGACAAACAUGAUGAAAGCAGCGUUAUUCCUUCUUGCUGUUGCAAUUGUCACAAUUGCACAUGCUCAGGAAGAGACAUGUGUGGUUGACGGAGUGACAAUCAAGAAAGGCGAAUGGAAAGCAGCACCAAUUGGCAAAUGCAUGAAAAUGACAUGCGACGGAAAAGAUAAAAUCAGCGCACUCGGAUGCGGAGUCCAGCCUCCUGCGAAAAAUUGCAAAUGGUCCGAAAUUGAUAAGAAGAAACCUUAUCCGGACUGCUGCCCGGUUCAAGUGUGUUCCUAAGUAUAAAUUUCAACAACAAAAAUAAAAAUGUUCGCAAUGUGACUAUAAAUAUCAUAUAAUAAUAACAAUGUUAUGAAAAUAAAAUAAAACUCUCAAAUAAAUCUGCAGUUUAACAAAUUAAAACUUGAAACUUAAAAACGUUUUUGUUUUCUCUACGCAAUUAGUUGUCUAGAAUUGUUAUCACUUAACUUCAAUUGAUUGGCAUAUUUUGAUAUCAUACCUACAUUGUUUGCAGUGAGUAAUAAUUAUAAUUUGUAUCGGUUCGCCCACUUGCGCCAAAAUGCCCAAACAGAAAACAAUAACCAACGAAUUAUACUCGUUCAAUUAUUGUCGUAUCACCAAGAUGCACGAUAUUAAAUUCACACUUGCUCUUCCUUUAUUAUGUGUUGCAAUUUUGCAUCUGCUACAUGUCUCAGCAACAAACUGCAUAGACGAUGGUAGAUCAUUUGAUAAUGGCACGAUUCUGACAGCAAAAUUAGGAAAAUGUUACGUGGCAACCUGUGCGGAGAACGGAACAGUUGCAAAAAUUGAGUGCUAUGCUGAACCGCCUAGAUAUGGAUGUCAUAAGUCAGGCUAUGAUUUAACCAAAAUUUACCCACUCUGUUGCCCAUUCGAUGUUUGCCCCCAAGAUAUCGAUAUUACUGAGUUAUUAUAAAGUCAACAUUAACAUGAACGACAAUAUAAAAUGACAUCACUUAUAUUGUUAUUGCAUAACUCUCCAAUGGCCGUGUCACCAAUGAUCUUUUUAAAUGUUUUGAUUCUCUAGUUAAUGUGCAAAUGAAAAACCAAGCUGCUUUAAUCUGACAUCGCGCUAAUGAUAAAUGUUAACGAAAACCAGUUUAUCGGCAAAUAAAGAAGCGGGGUAUAUAAACAAUUGACUUGACUAAUUAAAUUUAUCUGUUGUCUGUAUAUAAACCAUUUUACGAUGGACAUACACUUUAGUUUUUCUUGAGUGUUUAAACUUUGCGUUUCGUAAUACAAUGGGCCGAAUAAUUUCGUUGGUUUUUUUCGCAGUUGCCAUCGCAACAGUUUUGUGUGAUGAUUGUACGUACAAAAAUUUAACAAUUAAGGCUGGAGAAGACGGUUAUCCGAAAGGUGAAUGUAUUCGAGUACAUUGCAUCAAAAAUAAUGAAAUAUCUGCUUUGCCAUGCCCCCAAAUUGGCAUCCCACAGGGAUGCAAAGUGACCUACGAAGGCGAGGACCUAUCCAAACCAUAUCCAGAUUGUUGCCCAAAAGCUUAUUGUUAAUAUGAACAAGUAUAUUUUUUGAUAAUAUUUUGCGAUCGUGUCCCAAAAUAAAAUAAAAGUGUCUAAACCUACUCUUAAUGAUAUAUUAAAAGAAAUAAUAAAUUGUUACACAACA